AUGGCCCACUUAUCACAACAAUCUAAUGCUGAAGAGAACAAUUGGCAGGGAGAAAUGGCAAUUUCAUCAGAAAUGAUUCCAAACGAAGCAGCUCAUGUACACGAACCCCUGUUGGCCAAUUGGACUGCACCAUCGGAGACCCAUACUUUACAAAAUAGCAAUGCCUGUAGCGCAACUGCAAGCUUUGAAGACGCCAACGAAAAUCACAGAAAACUUACCCCAUCGCCAAUCCUGGAUACGUCAUGUCUUAUGGAUGAGGACGCAAGUGCUCUGAGUGUUUCGAAGCUGUUUCAAGAGCAGGGAAUAUCGAAAAAUCCUAUGACAGUUCAGUCAAGCGGGGACUAUGAAGCUCGGAUGGAAAAUAGGAAUAACUGUAUCCACCGAGAAGUCAAAAUCGAGAGGUCCCCCGGAAAAGACUCUCUUCCCGAAUCAGCAAAAAUACCGCCCGCAUUCGCAGCCGGAGGGAUCGAGCAGAUGACUUUGGCACAGGAUAUGGAAGUCGAAUUAAAAGCGGAAAUCAAGUUGGAAGAGACGACGUUGGAAGAGACAGUGUUAGAAGAUAUAAAGCCUGACAUAGAUGUCAAACUUGAGGAGAUUGAUUUGAUACAGGAAAUCGAAGAACUGGAGGCAAAACUGAAGGAUAAAAAAAGACAGCUUGAACUCGACGUACUUCGCCCGAAGAAACGGAUAAAGCGAGAGCACUCUCCCAUAGUAUUCUUUGCUCCGGGCGAGGCUCACGACGUCAUAGAUCUGACCUAG